AGCUAGAGAGUCUAGAGACUCGACUUCCUCCUUAUUCAAAAUGUAAAUACUAGCUAGCUGCAUGUAGGAUAACGAAUCUUGCCUAGUUAAAAAUCUGCCAUCUAGAGGUUCUUGAAAGAGAUAUUGGGUCUGGGAGUAGGAAAUUAUACUGACUUUGGUCCUUAUCCAGGCCAUGACGUAAAGAUCACUUUCAGAAGCUAUUUGGCUGAAGAAACUGACCUGUCAAAGGUCAACCAUGUCACAUUGUGAUGCAUGUGAGAAAGAAGGGGGCAACUCCUUCUCCAUCCAAGUCCACAGUUUCCCGGAAGAUCCCCAGCUACGCAAGAAAUGGAUCCAUGCAGUGCAGAAUGUAAUAGAGGGUUGGACACCUAAGGAAAGCUCUGUGAUCUGCUCCAAGCAUUUCGAAGACAGUUGCUACAAGGAACCUGACCCAAUGUUGGGUAGGAUCGGGAGUAUGUGCCGAGCGCUCAAUGAUGACGCAGUUCCAACAAUCUUCAAGGCAUCAAGGAAUGCAAAGAAAAUCGAUCUUAGAGAAAGUCACCAGGAAAGCCAGAGAUUGAAGUCAUCAGAGAGACAAGAACAAUCUAGCAUGGAUUUGCAAGGGGCCUGUGUCAGAGAAACGGAUACAAGUAAAGCAAAACAAGUUUUUACAGAGGAGGAAUUUGGGCCAUCUACAAACCCACACCAUUACACAAAUGGUGAGAUGGAUGUGGAUGUGGUUGGACCAAUAGAUGAUGGCAUACAACCGGAAAAACAUAAUACGACAGUUCAGAAGAGCUAUAAGAACCAACCUGUGGUGCCGGUGAUGCUCAAGAGGCAUACGGAGAAAAGGAAUCCAGUUUUCUUUGAAGGUGAUCUUAAUCUUCCCCUAAAGAAAGUGUUUGAGCAGAUUACAAGUAAAGAAGAAUCGAGAGCUAAUAAGGUAUUGAUAGACGAAGGCAGAAGAAAGGGUGAAUAUAGAUGGUGGUCUAGUUCAUCACAAGAUUUCAGGACAAAGUUUGAUACUUACAUGCAUCGGCUUGAGAGAAAAGGAAGCAAUAUCCCUGUGACCUUUGAUCCUAUGACACCAACAACACUUAGCAUUCUGGGUGAUAGCGAGGAGACCAUCCGAUUGAAGCAGAACUUGUCAGUUCCUUGUCUUGGGGAGCUGUUCUGCACCGAAAGUCCGCUAUGUCCAUAUUGUGGUUCUGUUUUGGUGAAUAUGACGAGGGUUGUUAGGCACACUUGCAAGUUCAAGAGAAUAGCCAAAGAGGCCUUUGUCAAGAGCAACGUCCCUGAUGUUGUCUUAGUUAAGGACACCAAAUGGACAAAACUACAGAAGACUGCCUUUGGCAAACCUAAGAAGAAGACAGUGAUAGACAAACUGCCAGUGACCACAGGGCUUACAGGACUUGUGGAUGUCUUGGACAUAUUCCAAGAAAAUAAGAACAGAUUAUUUGAUGGGCUUAGCAUAACGGAAAAAGGGGAACCAAAGGCCACAGUCAAGAGGAGAAAGAACUAUAACGUGUGGAAAAAGCUGCGGAUGAAACACAAAGCAAACCCUCCACCUCCAUCUCCGUCGCCGUCGAAGAAAGGAUCCUCGGUGAAAAAUGCAAAGAUGAGGAAGAAGAAGAAGAAGAAAAAAAAGAAGAAGAAGGAAAAGAAGGAGGGAAACUUGACACACCAGUCAACUGUCCUGGGGGAAUCAAUAGCAGAUACAAGGAAAGAAGAAGAUAAGAAUAGAUUUACAAUUAACUCCAUUCAACUCAUAGAUGGGUCUAAUUCUGAUCUGCUUUUUGCUGACCUUCAAAAUCUUGGCCUUGUGAUGGGGGAUUCCGGCAACCUUGGAAGCAAGUCCUCAAAGGAUCACUUAGAUAACCAAACAAUGGCUAAUGACAUCGCUCCCAAUCCUGUGUACCCUGUAAGCAUUAUGCCCUCAUCUCUGCUUCUGACAAACAUGAACUCAGCAAGCAGCCCUGAGAACAACGAACCCAUGGACUCCAAGGAAAAUGUCUUCAAAGAUGCUUCGAGGAUGGGUGCGCUUCCUGACCAAGCGUUGUCGGUAAAGUGCGAGAAGGACGCUGUAAAGUGUCCCAAGUGUGACUUUUGGUGUGACAGCGAGAAGGAGCUUGAAUGGCAUCAGUGCUUAGACUCCCAAUUUUCUCCACCGGGAGGGUUGGAUGUAGGAGGAGGCGGUGGCGGUGGUGGUAUCACGUUAAGUGAUGGUACGUUCAUAAAGGCGGAGCCUAUGGAUUACAGGUGACGUCAUGAGGAGAAGACGGUGCUGAGAAAAGCUACUUUAUCCUGCCUUCUCUCUGUGACUGCAUAGUACCAGUGAAGUUAUCAAAGAUGAUCACAGGAGGUACACCAAGUGGUGGUAAUGAAAGGUUAUGGGCCUCAAGUCACAGUAUAUACCCAGUUUUAUGGGAUAUAUACAAUGAAUGACCACAUUGGUCAGAUUAUACAAGGUUACAGCACUAAUACGUGGCUAUCGAUAGGGUUGAACAUUGGGUACUGUAUGUGCUUUGGCACUCCGGGAAAAUUAGAAUCCUUAUGGAUGUCAGGUCACUGGGCCAUCGACUGUUUUUGAGGGCAUAGAAUCACUGAUCCUUCACAUCAUAUCAUUGCUACAGGCAUUAAUGGAGUCCAGGAUAAAACAGGAAUCUCCGUUGAAGACCAAGUCCUUUCUUACCUUCCUAUUCUUCCUUUCUAUGGGGACUUCGUAUGUGUUUCAUAAAGCUGCUUGUAAAGUUACACACAACUUUACGAACGACUGGAACACGUUCUUAUGUCCUAAAUGAGUGACAUAGGGAUGUAUCCUUUAGCACAAGAAGGGGUCACCAGUUGUGCAUAAAGUCAUUUGUAUCUUACGAACAGCUUUAUGAAAACACCCACCAGGACCACAACAUUGCCUGCUUCUAUCGGUCUCCUGUUUUACACAGAAAUGUCUGAUUUCUUACGAUGAUCACUUUACAUUGAUGACAGAUACUGCUAAGAAUGUUAUCAAUCCAAUGUUGAAUGAAUAAAGAUUGAAAUUAAAUUAACAAUCAUCAAAAUAUUUUUAACAAUUGAUUGCAUUGACUACAAUGUACAAUCCAUCAUAAAAUCAAGAAUAUUAUUAAUUAGUAACCUUUGUGUUACAGGACGGACCCUUGUUGAGAAACGUAGAUAAUGUGAAUUCUGAAAUUCAUUUCUCAACAGGAUUAUGCAUAUGAUAUGUUCAAUAGGAGAGGCAAUAUUUCCCACUCUUUGAGUCAACAAAGGCUCUUUGAAUUGGUAAUCAUGUUUAGUCAUUAAUUUAGCAGUGUUCUGGUCAAGAAGCAACAAACUUGAAUUUUACACAGAUCAAUCUAAUAGGCUACUAUAUAUAAGAAGGGUAGAUGAAUAUUUUUUUUUUUGUAAUGUG